AUGUCACACGUGUACUCGUUCACAAAUGCAUACAUACAGUUGGAGAUGAUUCUCAAUGCAGUUUACGUCUACAAACAGAACACAAAGGGGACGGCCACCUAUAGCGAGAGACCAUCCGACGAGGGACCAUCCGAGGGAAAAGGACCCAUCCGACGGGGAAGAAAACCAUCCGACGGGGACCCCGACGAGGGACCACCCCGGGGGAAAAAGCCCAAAAAUCCGACGGGGACCUUUUCCGACGGGAACCAUCCGACGGGGGACCAUCCGAGGGGAGACCAUCCGACGAGGGCCCCAUCCGACGAGGGCCCAUCCACAGGGCCCAAAUCCGACGGGGACCAUCCAACGGGGACCAUCCAAACGAGGACCAUCCGACGAGGACCAUCCGACGGGGACCAUCCGAGGGGGGGAAAACCAUCCGGGGGGAAAACCAUCCGAGGGGGGGAAACCUUUCCGACGAGGGCCCACCCCAAAGGGGGGACCAUCCGACGGGAGACCAUCCGACGGGAGACCAUCCGACGGGAGACCAUCCGACGGGGACCAUCCGACGGGCCCAUCCGACGGGGACCAAUUCCACGAGGGACCAUGGCCGGGAACCACCGAGGGACCACCCACGGGAACCCCCGGAGGGGAAACCCAAAUCCAAAAUCCGACGGGAGCCCAAUCCAACGGGGGACCACCCGGGCCCCGAGGGCCCAUCCGACGGGGGAAACCACCCGGGCGGGGAAAAAAAAUCCGCCCGGGGACCAUCCGACGGAAAGACCAUCCGCGGGGACCACCCGAGGGGAAGACCAUCCGAGGGAAGGACCACCCGGGGAACACCAGGGGCCCAAAUCCGCCCAAGGGACCAUCCGACGAGGGACCAUCCGACGGGAGACCAUCCGACGGGAGACCAUCCGACGGGGGACCAUCCCCGGGGACCAUCCGCGGGAGACCAUACCGAAAGGGACCAUCCAGGGAGACCAUCCAAACGGGGACCUCCGACGGGGACCAUCCACGAGGGCCCCAUCCGACGGGGGGACCAUCCGACGGGGAAAACCAUCCGCGAGGGACCACCGACAGGGACCAUCCGACGAGGGACCAUCCGACGAGGGACCAUCCGACGGGGGACCAUCCGACGAGGGACCAUCCCCCACCGAGGGCCCAUCCACAGGGACCAUCCGACGGGGACCAUCCACGGGGACCAUCCGCCCGGGGGAAAACCACCCCGGGGAACUGGGGGGACCAUCCACGAGGGACCACCAAAAAUCCGACAAAGGGCCCAAACCGACGGGGACCAUCCGAGGGGAAAAGACCUUUCCGAGGGGGAAAACCACCGACGAGGGAAAUCCGCGGGGACCAUCCCGGGGGAACCACCCGCCCCGAGGGACACCGCCCGAGGGACCAUCCGACGAGGGACCAUCCGACGGGAGACCAUCCGACGGGAGACCAUCCGACGAGGGACCAUCCGACGGGAGACCAUCCGAGGGGAAACCAUCCGCGGGGAACCAUCCGACGGGGGCCAUCCGAGGGGGGGGACCAUCCGACGAGGGACCCGACGAGGGACCAUCCAAACGGGGACAUCCACAGGGACCACCCCACGGGGACCAUCCAAAAACCCGAGGGGACCACCCGGGAGGGGGACCACCGACGGGGGAAACCACCCCGCCCGGGAGAAAACCCAAUCCUAACGAGGGCCCACCCCAAACCCCGAAGGCCCUUUCCGACGGGGGACCACCCGACGGGGGAAACCAUCCGACGAGGACCAUCCGAGGGAGACCCCGCCCAUCCAACAGGGACAUCCGACGAGGGACCAUCCGACGAGGACCCUCCGAGGGGGGGGACCUUUCCGACGGGAGACCAUCCGCAAAGGACCAUCCGACGAGGGCCCAUCCGACGGGAAAGAGGGGACCUUUCCACGGGGGCCAUCCGACGGGGGAAACCAUCCGACGAGGGCCCAUCCGACGAGGGACCAUCCGAGGGGAGACCAUCCGACGGGGAGGAAACCAUCCAAACGGGGACCAUCCGCGGGGGACCACCCAGAAGGGACCAUCCGACGAGGGACCCUCCGACGGGAGACCAUCCGACGGGGGAACCAUCCGACGGGGAAGGGAACCAUCCGACGGGGGGACCAUCCGACGGGGACCAUCCGACGAGGGACCAUCCGACGAGGGACCAUCCGACGAGGGACCAUCCGACGGGGACCAUCCGACGAGGGACCAUCCGACGAGGGACCAUCCGACAAAGGGACCACCGACGGGGGACCACCGGGACAGGGCCCAAUCCAAAAGGGGAGCCCAAAUCCGCCCGGGAAAACCAUCCGAGGGGAAAGGACCAUCCGCGGCCCCCAAAUCCGACGGGGGACCAUCCACGGGACCUCCGCGGGGACCAUCCGACGGGGACCAUCCGACGGGGACACCCACGGGGGAACCACCCCGAGGGGAGACCUUUCCGACGGGAAACCACCCCCGGGAACCCGAGGGACCUUUCCCGACGAGGGACCUUUCCGACGGGAAAAACCACCCCGACGGGGGACCAUCCGACGGGGGACCAUCCGACGGGGACCAUCCGACGGGGCCCAAUCCGAGGGGAGACCAUCCGACGGGGACCACCCCACGAGGGCCCUCACCCAAAACCCGGGGAACCACCGACUGGGACCAUCCACGGGGAAAACCACCGACGGGAAACCAUCCGGGGGGAGACCAUCCGACGAGGGACCUUUCCGACGGGGGCCCAAAUUCCGACGGGGAAAACCAAAUCCCCGGGGAAAACCAUCCACAAAGGGCCCCUUCCGGGGGGGAAAACCCCAUCCGAGGGGAAAAGACCAUCCGACGAGGGACCCAUCCGACAGGGCCCCUCCAAACGGGGGAAACCCCCCCGGGGGAACAAGGGAAACCUCCGCCCGGGAGCCCCAUCCACGGGAAACCACCCCCAGGGACCAUCCGACGGGAAACCAUCCGACGGGGACCAUCCCGGGAGCCAUCCGACGGGGGGGAACCAUCCACGGAGCCCCACCCCGACGGGGACCAUCCGACGGGGACCAUCCCCGCGGGACCAUCCGCGGGAGAAAAUCCGGGGGAGCCAUCCGAGGGGAGACCAUUCCGACGAGGGACCAUCCGCCAGGGACCAUCCGACUGGGGGGCCCACCCAAAAAACCGACGGGGACCACCGAGGGGAGACCACCCCAAACGAGGGCCCCUUCCGACGGGAACCCCCCCCAAACCAGGGACCAUCCGCGGAGACCACCCACGGGGACCUUUCCACUGGGGACCACCCCCGGGGGGAAACCCCCUCCGAGGGGGAGACCAUCCGACGGGGCCCCAUCCGACGGGGACCAUCCGACGGGGACCAUCCGACGGGAGACCAUCCGACGGGAGACCAUCCGACGGGGGAACCAUCCGCAAAGGGGACCUCCGACUUUUGGCCAUCCGACGAGGGCCCAUCCGACGGGGCCCCUUCCGGGGGGAAAAACCAUCCGACGGGAGACCAUCCGACGGGGAAAACCUUUCCGACGGGAGACCAUCCGACGGGGCCCUCCGCCGGGGCCCUUUCCAAACGAGGGACCAUCCGAGGGGAGACCACCCGACGAGGGCCCAACCCCGACGGGGGCCCCAUCCGACGGGGCCCAAAUCCGAAGGGGGAAAACCACCCCGACGGGGACCCUCCGCCGGGGACCUCCGCCGGGGCCCCUCCGACGGGGGGGACCACCCCGACGGGGACCCCACGAGGGACCACCCCGCGGGGCCCCAUCCGCCCGGGAGCCCAAAACCCCGACGAGGGACCUUUCCGAGGGGGAAAACCAUCCCGACGGGGACCACCGACGGGAAACCCAAACCCCCGGGGGGAAAGACCACCCGGGGGAACCCCGAGGGACCAUCCGCCGAGGGGACCAUCCGACGGGAGACCAUCCGACGAGGGACCAUCCGACGGGAGACCAUCCGACGGGAGACCAUCCGACGGGAGACCACCCCGACGAGGGACCAUCCGAGGGGACCACCCCGAGGGGAAAACCAUCCGACGGGAAAACCAUCCGUCGGGAAAACCAUCCGAGGGGAUCCCCAUCCACGGGGGGAACCACCCGACAAAGGGACCACCACGGAGACCAUCCACGGGAAGGGAACCAUCCCCGGGGGCCCCAUCCAAACGGGGACCAGCCGAGGGGGGGAGACCACCGACGGGGCCCAAAUCCGCGGGAGACCAUCCGGGGGGGAAGAAACCACCCCAAACGGGAGCCCUUUCCGACGGGGGACCAUCCGCCCGGGGACCCCCACGGCCCCCGGGGCCCACCCCGACGGGACCAUCCGACGGGAGACCAUCCGACGGGGGACCAUCCGACGGGGGACCAUCCGACGGGGCCCAUCCAGGGGAACCACCGACGAGGGACCAUCCGCGGGGGGACCCUUUCCACGAGGAAACCCAUCCACGAGGAACCCCCACGGGGACCAUCCGACGGGGGCCCAUCCGACGGAAAACCUUUCCACGGGAGCCAUCCACGGAGACCAUCCGACGGGGACCUCCGACGGGGGAAACCAUCCGACGAGGCCCAUCCGACGAGGGACCAUCCGACGAGGACCAUCCGACGGGGGCCCCAUCCGGGGGAACCACCCGACGGGGACCAUCCGCCAGGGACCAUCCGACGGGGCCCCACCCGACGAGGGCCAUCCGAGGGGGAAGACCCCCCCACGGGAGCCCCAUCCACGGGGACCAUCCGACGGGGGCCCUUUUCCGACGGGACCAUCCGAGGGGAGCCCCAAUCCAAACGGGGACCUCCACGGGAGCCCAUCCGACGAGGGACCACCCCGGGAACCUUUUGGGGACCAUCCACGGGACCAUCCGACGGGGAAAACCACCCCAAGGGACCAUCCGAGGGGAAACCCCCAUCCGACGGGGGACACCACGAGGACCUCCGACGAGGGACCUCCACAGGGCCCAAAUCCGACGAGGGACCACCCCCACGGGGCCCCAUCCCCCGGGAGACCAUCCGACAGGGACCAUCCGACGAGGGCCAUCCGACAACCCGAGGGAAACCAUCCGCAGGGACCUUUCCAGGGGCCCCCGGAGGGAAACCACCCCGACGAGGGCCCCAUCCAAACGGGGGACCAUCCGAGGGGAGGGAAACCAUCCGACGGGGGGGAACCCAUCCGCCCCGGGGCCCACCCGACGGGGGCCAUCCACGGGGGAAACCAUCCGCGGGGACCACCCGACAGGGACCAAACCCCCCCGAGGGGAGACCACCCCAAAACGGGAGCCCAUCCACGAGGGACCUUUCCGACGGGGACCCAAGCCCACCGAGGGCCCAUCCGCGGGGCCAUCCGACGAGGGCCCAUCCGACGGGGGCCCACCCCAGGGAGACCAUCCGACGGGGACCACCCCCGACGGGGGACCUUUCCACGGGAGCCCCUCCACGGGAAAACCACCGACAGGGACCAUCCAAACGAGGACCCAAAAAUCCGACGAGGGACCAUCCGAGGGGGAAAACCAUCCGACAGGGCCCACCCCGACGAGGGCCCAUCCGACGGGGGCCUUUCCGACGGGAGACCAUCCCGACGGGGGACCAUCCGACAGGACCAUCCGAGGGGACCACCCGGGAGGGGAACCAUCCGCGAGGGCCUUUCCGCCCGGGGACCAUCCGACGGAGACCACCGACGAGGGACCAUCCAAACAAAGGGACCACCCGGGGAAACCAGGGAAACCCCAUCCGACGAGGGACCACCCGGGAGGGGAGCCCAUCCGACGAGGGACCUUUCCGAGGGGAAAAGACCUCCGACGGGGGACCACCGCCGAGGGGCCAUCCCCCGAGGGCCCCAUCCGACGGGGACCAUCCGAGGGGAAAACCAUCCGACGAGGGACCUCCGAGGGGACCAUCCGACGGGAACCAUCCGGAGGGACCACCGACAAAGGGACCAUCCGACGAGGGACCCUCCAAAGGGGGAAAGACGAAACCCGACGAGGGACCAUCCGACGGGAGACCAUCCGACGAGGGACCACCCGACCAAAAGUGCGGAAAACCGAGCCAGCCGACCAAACGAGCCAAAGAGCGGCGGGCGUGCGGGCGUGCGGGCGGGGAAACGAGCCACGGGCGCGCGGAGGCCCGUCGCCGGCGAGGCAGGGGCCGAGAAAGCGCAUGGCAACAGGCAGACGCGUCUUGCCGGGGAUUGCUCGCCGGAGUCUCCUCCUGCUACUGCCCACGGGCACUUGAAGAAGAAGAUUCUGCCCCCACAGUCAUCUUCAGUUACCCAUUCAGCCCCCACAGUCAUCUUCAUUACCCAUUCUGCCCCCACAGUCAUCUUCAUUACCCAUUCUGCCCCCACAGUCAUCUUCAUUACCCAUUCAGCCCCCCAGUCAUCUUCAUUACCUAUUCUGCCCCCACAGUCAUCUUCAUUACCCAUUCAGCCCCCACAGUCAUCUUCAUUACCCAUUCAGCCCCCACAAUCAGAACUUCAGUUGGAACCGCGAGUCCAGCUCCCCAAGGUCAAGGCAGUCACCAAGCUGGCACCUCCGCUAAGACGGAAACCGAAUCUCUCGCGCUGCAACUGCAAGAUGCAAAGGAACUAUACACCCACCCAAAGUUCCACGCCCCCCCCGCCCCCGCCCCCCCCCCCGCCCCCGCCCCCCGCAAACGGUGAGCGGCGCGCCACACGGAGUUCCAGACUAACGGCUCGACGCGGCGGCGGCGGGGCAGCCUGA